CCUGAUUUAAAAACAGCCGAUUUUUCUCUCGCGAUUGUGCGUUAUUUUAAGGGGGAUGAUGCAGUGAAAUAGGUGAGUUGGUUUAAUGAAUCAUCAUUAGCGCUACAUCCUGCAGGUAUCGAUAUAGACAAAAUAAACAGCCGGAAAACUCAGGAAAAGCGUAAAACUAAGGAAAGCAAAAGUAGAAAACGUAAGAUCUCGACCUUUUGGCAGUCGCAGGAAGUCUGUAUGACUCGAACCAUUAUAGUUGUAAGGGAAAAGAAAAAGCUCGCCUUAUACGCAACCAUAAAGUUAUUAGUUCUUCAGUUGAGAGGGGGCGUAAUGAGGAGUUGAUAUGUUCAAGUAGCGAACGCACAAUUUAAAUUUUUCUUCCGGAAAUCAGAAGGGACGAAGAAGCUAAGGUCGCCCUGGAGUCAAUUGACCGAAGACUCCGUUUUCGCGUUAUCUAUAAAUUGCCAGCAUUAACUCCUACGGUUAAUAACAUAAAACUCUCCGGCUACGUGGUGUUUUGCAUAAUUAAUUACAUAUUUAAUAUAUUUACAGCCGAACGCGAAAUUUAGGCGGAAUUAGAUUGCAUCAGUACUCACUCUCUCUUUGGAAUGACUUUAAAUGCUUUUCAAUAGAUAAACAUAAUUUGGGCGAGAUUUCUGCACAGUCCCAUACUUCAUUUUUGCAUACAGCUCCUGGAUAAGUCAUGGGAAAAUCAUGGUGGAAAUAGAUUGCCUUUUGGACUAAGACUUGGUUUUAGAAUAUUAUGGGGAUCCAUAAUUUCUCAUGAUUGCUAUUUGAGAUGAUAACGUUACAAGGUUUCUAAACUGAAUUACUGAGUACAAUCCCAAUAUUGUUCAAUUUGUAUUGGGAAGAAGUAACGUGGAAAUAUUUAACAUGUCAGUUCCCUUGUAAACAAAAUUUUUUUAUUUUAAAAUAAUAAACAUUCCGAUUUUCGUUUCUUUCAUUCUUAAUUAAAGAUCAUCAUCACAUUAAAUGAUUUGAUCCUAAUAUAUAAUUUGAAAGGGAGAUGCAGGACAUUAGCACAAAUGUGCUUGACUUUGAGAAUGGGUGUUUGGCUGGGUUCUUGUCUCAGGCCAUCCCAGUAACUCUCACAGUACCUGCGCCAACCAAAGUGUUUGAGGUAUUGUAGAGCAAGGUGUUGUGUGAGUAAACAGAAGUGUCCACCCAUGGCUGGCUGAGCCUUGUAUCUGGACCCUUUUGAUUGACCAGGCACAAACCAUUAGUGCACAUUAUUGUUGCCAAUUCAUUCAGGAAAAAUAGACCAUGCAGACUACUCUAAGAAUCUUCCAUUCUCAAGACAGCAACCUUAAAUAACAGGAUCCAUCAACUGAGAGGGUGUCUGUUUGUAUAAACAAUAAUUAAUUAUGCAGCACUGUUUUAAUUUUUUUUGAGACUUGGCAUACUUUAAGUGUUACAAUUUUCCAGAGCCUGAAGGCAUGUUCCUCUAUGCAGGUCUAUGCCAGAGUAACACUAACUGCCUUGAAAAAUAAAGUUCAUAUUUUUUAAGAUAUAUUUCUCUAGAUUAUGGGGUAAUUGAAAAAUUAUCAUUAGUGCGAUCGCUUUAUCUCUCACCUACAGAUCCUGAAGUCAGAAUUCCAUUGAUGUUACUCCAACUGAACCCUUACUUCCACCCUGUGAAAAUCCUGGAUAGUGUACUGAAUGAUACACACUCUUAGCCAGAAUGGCCAGUAUGGUAAAUCAAAACAACAAGACAUCUUUCUCACAUGCAGAUAGUAAUGUGGCUGCUGAAGAAGACAUAUUGGUUAAGGUGUCUGAUGAUGACACUUUAGCAGUACCCAACCAAAAUAAUUUUGCAGGUACAAUAAUGACAGAUUAAAUAGAAGAGCCUGUCCUGCUCAAGUACUGUGUUCAUUACUACAAAGUGAUUAGGGAUAUUUCUACUCUUCCUUGUUCUCUGACGGUCACUGAACCUUCAGCAUUUUAUCCGACAGUUAUUCACAAACCUGGGAAAAGAUUUUUUUUUAAAAAUAGUCUCAAGCUUCUUUUGAACUCAAAGUACUGUCUCGUAAAUUUACUCUAACAUCAGCUGUUGGUCUAAAACCACUUUAUUGGAAUGAUGAAACAUGACUGUGAAGAAUACAAAAAGGAUUGAAUUGGAGACACAAUCCCUUAAACUAAAUGGAUCAUUAGCUCUAGUGUAUAAUAACUGCUGAAUCAGUAGCUGGACUGUAUAUCACAAGUACUAACAAUUAAUCUGAGUUCCAUUUUUAAGAAUUAAAAUUGUGGAGUAACUAUGUCCUUUUUUCUCAUCUACUGUAACUUAGACUCUGGCUCAGUGUGUAUCGGUGUAGGCAAUGAAGAGGAUGAUGUCUUUGAUGGUAGCAUGACUUCUAUUUUUCAAGAUGACAAGAAGGGAGUGUUUCUUCCUGGUCUUAAAGUUACUGCCAAAAUCAUUGAUGUUCAACGUGCACCAAGAACUCAUCCUUUUAACCCUAACUUGUAAGAUUUUACUUUUUCCUCCUCCGUAAUAGUACAUAUAUGUUGUAGCUGACAAUAACAGCCUUAAUUUCAGAUCAGAGUGUGAAUAAAGUUGUAAGUUAUAUUGUAAGUUAUACCCUUAAUGUGACAAAUGCAUAGACAGAUUAACCCCUUUUACACCCUAACAUGGGAAUGUAACCAUAGAUAUAUUCUCUAUACUGUUUUCUAUGCAUUUCCAAAGUUGCUGAAAAGGAGAAUUUCUUGAACAAUCAAGGAACAUGUUUAGUUGGUGAUCAUUUCAUUUAUUCUCAUGGCCUCAGUGUGUAAUAUAAUUAGGAGAAAUUAAAUGUGAAUCACUCGCAGUUGUUAAAGGGUUGAUGUACCUCUGGAGGGACAAACUCAACCAAUAUGAAGUGUAAACCUGUGUCUGCUAAAAGGGUGUUGCUUUUGAGAAAAUGGAAUUUAUGUACGUGUUUAAUCUCUGAAAAUGUGUUGAAAUCAAUGACAUCCUACAUUCAUUCAGUAAUGUUAUCGACUUCUCCAUUGACCCCCAAGAUACACUAUAGAACUAAGACAUGGCAGCUUCACUUGGAUCAUCAGACGACGUUACAAGCAUUUUGUAAAACUUGAUGCAGAACUGUUUUUUCACAAAGUUAAUGUUCGCCAACAAAGCAUCAGAAGGGAUCUUAGAGGUGAUCACAGUGGAGAGGGUCAUGCUUAUCUGCCAAGUCGUCACUUGCCCAAGCGACCAGACAUGUUUGCUACAACACCCAAUAUGGAAAAAAGAAUAAAGUCUCUGGAGAAGUACCUUCAGAGGAUUUUGGACAGUCAAAGCUAUUGUACUCACAAAGAGACUCUGAAUUUUUUGGAGGUCAGCCAUCUCUCAUUUCAUUUUGAUUUAGGAGAUAAGGGAAGGUAAGUACUGUAGGUCACUUCACUGUUGUCAGUAAGAAUGAUUACCCUCCUGGCUAAUCUCCUUGCCAUGAAAUUUUCCAACUACAGCUCUUUCUUAUUUAGGUAGUUACUUGCAACAAUGGAUUAAUUGACUGAUUGUCUAAAGUAUUUAAUUUUCUAGGGAAGGUAUUCUCAGAAAGCGGGCAGGAGGUCAUCGAUUUCCUGCAGGGUGCUGCAGUUGUUGCAGUGGUCUUUCAUGGGGAAUAUGGGACAAAAGGUUUGUUUUCUCCUUGGUCAUUUUACCAACUUGUAUACCAUAUGGUAUAUGACAAGAACCAAGAUUUUACUUUUCAACUUAUGGCCCCAAUGAAUGAAGAUUUUACUGUUCCCCCCAAAAAAUCAGAUCAUUCCAUUAUUCUCAAUAAACUGUGAUUCUGUUCUUUGAAUUAUGUUAUCUGUGUUUGCUUUAAAUUUACUUAUAUAACUGUGCCAUAAUACCACCUGUUAAGUGUUUUAAUUGUUCUAGACCAGGAUGAUAUGCACAGUGUCCUAACAUAGCCUCCCAUUUGUUACUUUCUGGGAGCAAAUGAAUGACUCAUUGCUACUGCUUGGUGGACUGUAUGUAAAUUUUUUAGCUGCUUCUAUGCAUGAUUGGGUGUACGUACAUGAAACUUAGCAAAAGUCAGCUCCUUGGAGGAAACCCCAGUUAUGAAAUAAAUGCUAUUGGUAGCAUUUGACUGAAAUGUUAUGGGUGCUCAGUUGACUGAGGGUGUAACAAGUGGUUUAACAAACAAUUUGUAAAUCAGAAAGUAAUCAAUCAAUCCCUUUUUUGUUCGUUUCUUUGUUUGUGGCAGGUGGCUUCUUGUAAAAGAUAGUUUUAUUGCCUAUGUCAGGUGAGGAAAGCCCUGAGAAUCAGGAAAUUGACGUUAUGAUGCACAAAUUUAGCCAAACCAAGGAGUAGAUGGAGCUUAAUUUGGGGAAUUUUAACUCUAAAGGGAAAUGAAAAAAGUUUUGUGCAGCAGAGUUACAUACAUUGCUGCUAGUACAACCAUCUUGUGAGAACCAAUUUUUUAUGGCUGCAUGGGUUACCAUAUUUUUAUAGGUGAUAUAAUGAGGCUCUCCUUGCAUGCAUGUAUAUUGACAUACUUCUUAGUCAGUGAUCACAAGUCAUAAUUUCCACUUUUGCCUCUAUGUACUGCCGAGCCUUGUGUACCCUAAGGCUGAGAGUGUUUUGGUUUCAAUUCUAGUCCCAAGGAUAAACAACUAAGAGGAGUAGUGUUAAUGGACAAAGAAUUUACCUUCAAGUAUGGAAGGAAACAGACUGGUGUGCGGAAUGGCUUGCUGAUCCAUAACCAGGCAAGGUGUGGAAUUUUUAUGCAAUGGAAUUCUUGUGUUUUAGUACACAUUUACACUUUCAAAUUUUGAUUGAUGGAAAAUUUUCUUGUCAGGGAUUUGUAUUGAAAUUUAAGAAGCUGCAGGUGACAAUGAAGAAAUUGACAGUUGCAGUAACAAUGAUGAUGAUGUAAAAUACUUCUUACAAGCCAAGUUUUUAGUUGUUUAAAGUUUUUUUUGUUUUUCUUAAGUUUCAAGUCUGCACUGUAAGUUAUGGUCUAAGUGGGCAUGCCAUAAAUCCCAGUGUACAGGCCAUGCAGUGAAAUAUGGCCUGCUAAAUUGACCAAUCAUAAUGCACAUACUUUCUGAGAGAUGUAAUGAUGAUAAUGAUGAUGUUGGUAAUGAUCAGAAGAUGGUUUUGAAAAUGGGGAUGUGAUGUUGGUAAUGCCAGCUAUGGCAGCAGUGAUCUUAGCUAAGCCACCUGUAGUCCCAGUAGAAACAUGGAUAAGAAGGAUGUUUCAUGUUUGUCAGGCAAACAAUGACCAAUGUCAGUCAGUAACAGUGGUAAUGACAAUGAUGGAAAAUCUAGGAAAACAACAUUCUAAUUACUAAUUUUCUUUUAUUCUGUUGCAGGCAGCUUCUGUUAUCCUGUUGGACUGAAAGAAAGGCAAGGUAUGACCAGAAAGAGUUUCCUAUUUGUGUUUUGUUAAUCUUAAGUUACAUCCAUCAGCAAUAGCCCUGAUGCAGGAUCACUUCAUUUGCUGAGAAAUCUUCCCUAAGCCUCGGUUACACCUUUGAUCUGUUUUUCUUUUUGAUAUGGGUGUUUUAGAAAUACUUUGUUAACAAAAUUUACCAUUAUUCAUCUUGAUAGAGAAAGAGCUUUGGGUGAAACUGUCCGAAAUAUAUUGAAAGACCAUAGAGUUUAGCUCAAACAACAUUGUGCUUCGAGAAGGAAAACAGCUUUUUUUUAGCAGAACACAUUACUUAAGACUAAUCAAUGAGCUUUUGAUGACACAGUGAUUGAAAUUAGUCAUUAAGAACUAGAAUUUCUAUCUUGUGAUAGUAUAUAAGGGUAAGGCCCAAAUCAAGUAUCGUGCAUAGAAAUCUCGAGCAGACAAUCUAAUAGUUUGUCUUCAAAUCCGUCAGUAGUCCAAAACUCAACAAGAAGAUAGAUUUUUGAUUAAUUUUCUUCAAAACCGCACCAUGUUAGUUUUCACGCUUUAUUCACCGUCCAAUUAACAAGUAGAUUCCAUGUUGUCGCACGUCAGACCCACAGUAACAAGGAAUCUAUUUGUUUUAUACGAUAAAAAGGCAAAAUGUAGGUAAUGGUGACGUCAUCUAUAUUAUAGACAGCUUAGUCAAUCAAAUUGCAUAACCAAUCAAAUUGGAGCAUUUGUGAUAGAACGCUGGUAGAUUUUGGCCACUGAAAGCUUCAUGUAUAGUUCUGUAUAGUUCAUCAAGGUUGAAUAAUCUGAUACAGUUAGUGUUAGUUACAGAAGGGGUUUCAACAAAAGCUGGUUACCAGUCUACCGCCGUCUGUUUAGUCUGCGAGUGACUUGUGCGUGGGUUUCGCCUUUUCCGGGCACAGCCGCUUAUUACGGCAUCGGUAGCCGCUUAUGGAAAAAGUUAUUGAAACUCCCGGUUAUGGUCUACAUUUUACUUCUAAGAAAACUUGGUAUUCAUCUGAUGAGAUCAGCGCCCACUUUCUGUCUGUAAUUUAACUUAUUUUAUUAUUAAUUUUUUUGACUAAUUGAACAGUGAAUGGAUGAAAUCAAUUGUUCAUGUUAUGGCAACUACUGGUGCUGACUGGAUUAAGGAACAUCCUCACAGCUCGUAUGCUCCAAUCAGGGAGAACUGUUAUGCUCAGUGGUGGGUGUGAUGUUAGACUUAUCAUCAGUUUUAUGUCUUUGGUAUACAAGUCAUUGUACUAGUUGCUCUGCUAGAAUACAGUCGGUCGUUCCUUUUUGACGAAGUCCUUUGCGCGAGAUCUUGGGAAAUGGUUAAGGCGGCGGGAAAAUGGCUCUGAAAAAUCAAUGAAAUUCAAUUGAAUCUAACCUUUUUGCGUCUAUUGGUUUCGUUUUUAGGUUUGUUGACGGUGAAGCAUAUUUUGAUGCAGUUGCUGAUGCUUUAGAGUCUGCAGAAGAGGAAAUUCUCAUAACAGGCUGGUGGUGAGUUUUCCGAGUCUCUUUUGACUGACUUUGAGACUUUUUCAGCACCUUUGGGACGAAGUGUGAGGGUGUUGAGCGCAUGUUCAUGUUGUUUCAAGAUAAUGGCAUAAGAAUGGCAUAAGAAUGGCAUAAGAAUGGCAUGAGAUGAAAACAAAACAAAAUGUAUAAUUUGUCCUAUGUUUAUUUCAGUUUUGUUGGCCCCUGAAUCCGAUUGUCCUUUAUUGUCAGUAAUGCAAAUGUACUGAACUUGAGUAUUGUUUCAUUAAAUGGUAAGUAAGUGUAAAUAAGACGAGGCUUUUGUCAUUUUCAGGGUCAGCCCAGAAAUAUACCUCCGUCGGCCAGUCACUGCCGGCCAUGAAUGGCGACUGGAUAUGACGCUGAAGAGAAAAGCGGUAAUUGUGAAAUUUCAAAUUUUUCUGAACAGUAUUGAAAGCGGGUUGUCACUCAACACUAUACCUUUAUAUGAAAGUUUGAGUUUAGUCGGCUCUCUGUUCACUUUUUUCCAGAUCGAGGUUUGAAGUUUAGUUGUUGGUUUUUCUUGUGGGAGGAAAAGCUGGAGAAAACAUUUUUGGAGCAAUUACGAGAACCAGCAAAAAUACUUAAAAGGAAAAACUGUGACGUCAGACUCAUGAAUCGAACCUAGGCCACAGAGGUCUCACCACUGCGUUAUACAUGCGCCAUACCUGCUUAGUGCUCACCAUGUAGCUUACCGGGAAGAGUUAAUUCACAAAUUUCUUCCAAAACGAGAUCCUUCCUUACAAAAAAAAUGUUUCCUUGCUCUAAACGUUUUUUUUUCUGGGCUGCAACUGUGACUCUUGAUUUGAAAAUGGCCCCCUCAUCUUGUAUAAUGUGACAUGAACUUUGUGGGCAAACUGUAACAAUUCUUUGGACUGUUUAAUUUUUAAGAUUUGCAAAUCAAAAUAUAUCAGUUUUGAAAUUUAUUUUUAAUUUUUGCAUCUAUGAUUUUUUAGGAGAGUGGUGUAAAAGUUUAUGUUCUAAUCUACAAAGAAGUUGAGCUGGCUCUAACGCUGAACAGUGCGUACACUAAAACUACUCUGAUGGGUUUACACCCAAACAUCAAGGUAGAUUCGUUGGUACUUCACUGUGAAAAUCAUUUAAAUCGACUUUGAAAGAAUAUCGUUUGUUAACAUAAUAAAUUCGUGGACGCCCUGGGAAGGGAAAAAGGGUUAAAAAGGACUAACGAACGCAUCACAUAACUUUGUUUACCUUCGUAUGAUAGGAUGGACCGUUCUUCAAAAUGACUGAAAUCGCCCGAUACCAAGAUACGCAGGAUACUUAUGUCAGCACCAUAAUAAAAAAUUUUCAAUUUUGUUUUUGAAUUGAUAAAUUCACAAAGCUUCUAUUAACUACGGGUUUACUUAGAAAAUGAACUUUCUUACCAAGAGCAUUAUUUUUCCUUGCGAUCAGUUUUAUUUUGGUAGCCAUUUGGUAGGCAUAGCCGUUCUGACGUGUACGUGCAUUAAUUAAGAAUUAGAACUUGCCAUGUUGGCGAGGGGAGAAAAAUCAGAGGUUACAAUCUUUUUUUGAGGAACAUGGUAAUAGAAGGCAGGGAAAUCUUAUUUCAUGUCUCCGAUUUAGGUGUUGCGGCAUCCAGACCACCUUCCUGGGGCAGGUGUAAUAUAUUGGGCUCAUCAUGAAAAGUUGGUGGCCAUUGACCAGAAGGUGGCCUUUAUUGGAGGUAACUAGAACCUUACGUUGACGUAAUACGAAAAAUAACUAAGGACUGUCAGACGCUUUUUAAAAUGCCUAUUGUUGCUGACAGUCUUUCCUAGCGAUAAAUACAAAUUGGAAAUUGGAUUCUCAAACUAGUCUGCCAAUUAGUGUUGGUCAAAUUACCAUAUUACAUGGUUUUGAAUUCAUUUUUCACGAUCAUGGAAUAAGGAAAAGAUUUUGUCUACGGAAUUAAGAUUCCACAAGAGAUUUUAAGUUUAUGAUCUCUUGGAUUCCGAUCUUCGACAUCGGAUGUUCAUUCCCCCGAGCUGCUGAGACCUGGUGCUGAGUUUUUCGUCAGACCUGUUUCAUUAUUGACCAGAUUUGACACGCGCACUCUACACUAGCGGCUGAAAUUAGCAAAGCGUUCUGAAAAAGCAAAGAUGGUCAAGUUUGUGGAAAAAUUCAUUUGAAAUUCUUUUCUCGGAGUUAAUACAAUCAGUUGUGUUUUUAGGUCUCGACCUUUGUUUUGGUCGCUGGGACAAUCAUUUGCACCGUCUGACCGACUUUGGAUCUGCGGUUCGGCCUCCAACGCUGAACAAAACGGUAACCUCACCUUGUUUUCAUUCACUUAUUCGUUUGCAAACGACUGAAGGCGUUUCAUGUGUGGUCUUGUUUUUGCUAACAGGAGGAACAGAUCAGAAAAAUUGGCGCUCUGUUUGUAGAAGGAACGCUGGAGGGAUUUGACGUGCCGAAAUGUUCCGACUUCACAGACAACGUCAAAGUGGAGAUAGAACCCGGAACAUCAGGAGGAAACAAACUUUGGCUGGGAAAGGAUUACUCAAAUCCAAUCACCAGAGAUUUCUUUGACGUCCAUAGACCAUAUGAAGGUAUGUUGUACCUAAAAGCUGUUUUCAAUGACUGUCAUUGGACCUCUCUGAUUGGUCAAAAAACACGUCAGGUUUGAUCUCACCAAUGAUAGUAAAGUCACCUAUAUUUCGACCAAUUGGAAGUUAAAUCAAAACGAAUGUCAUCAAAUCUCAGCAUUAUCACAAGUGUAAUUGUAUUGUACCACUUAUAAGUUCAAUAUAAGUAGUCCUGAGCGAAGGAAAACCAAGUGCACAACGGAUUUUUUCCAUACUUGAACAAUUUUCAAUCGAGUGUCGAAAGAAAACUGGAGUUGCUUUGAUUUUGUUCUACUGCGUUCUGCGAUUGGUCCGGACAAUUUUCGCCACCCUUACAACCAAUGAGAUUCAACACCAAAACUAUAGCCAACUGGUGAUUCACGUUUUCCUGCGCCUUUCAGGCAGUUGACUUGGUCUUUUUGUGAGCUCUCAUUAGCAUAGUGAUAUUUUGAUCGGCCUUUGUGAUUACCUUGGUACUGGUUUGACCGAAUCCGGCUCGAACUUCGAGCGCUCUGUUUGUGGACAAUAUGGAAUUUUUGCACUUACGUGUCGUUGUUGUUGAUCAAACAGCUGUUGUGCUGCUCUUCUUUAAACUUUCGUAAAGUGAGUAUGGCUUGUAGAAAGUUUUGUCGCCUUUUUUCUCUUUUGAAAUAGGAAUCAUGGCAACAGAAUUUAGCUAACGACUCCCCCAUGUACUGACUCGAUACUUAAUCGUAAGCCUCUUUUUGUCGUAUCGGUUUUUUAGAUUCCGUGGACAGAGGCCAUGUUCCUCGGAUGCCUUGGCAUGAUGUGGGCAUGCGUGUGUUUGGUUUUCCCGCGAGGGACAUCGCUCGACAUUUCAUUCUGAGAUGGAAUGCUACCAAGGUGAUGAUAAAACGAUUGAAGAUCAUAAUUGUUAAAUAAGCAUCCACAGGUGAUGUAAAUAUGAGCACAGGCAUUGUAAAUAUAAAUAUUUUUCAUUCUUUUCAGAUUGAAAAGGUUAAAAUGUAUCAUGACAUCCCUUACCUUCUCCCGAAGUCGUACUCCAAACUUUCUAAUGAAAGGCCAGCAACAUUAGACGACUUUAACGUGGUGGAUUGCCAAGUGAGUAAAAGACUUCUUUAUUUUCUCCAUCAUCAACAAAUGUUCAUCAUUUCCUAUUAGUGCUCAAGGAUACAUUCAUAUAGGAUGAAGGAAGGUGGGCUUUGCAUUUGGCUUUCAGACCUGGCUACUCCUUCCCCACAUGAAAAAACUCGAUGAAUCAGUCUGUUGUUCAGUCAGUCAGUCAGUCAGUCAGUCAGUCAGUCAGUCAAUCCGUCAGUCAGGCAUUCAGUUAGUCAUUCAGUCAGUCAGUCAGUCAAUCUGUCAGUUGGUCAGUCGGUCAUUCAGUCUUCAGUCGGUCAUUCAGACAGUCAACCAUUCAGUCGGUCAGUCAGUCAAUCUGUCAGUCAACCAUUCAGUCAGUCAGUCAGUUGGUCAGUCGGUCAGUCAGUCAGUUAUUCAGUCUUCAGUCAGUCAUUCAGUCAGUCAGUUAGUCAUUCGGUCAGGCAGUCAGUCGGUCACUCAGUCAGUCAGGCAGUCAAUCUGUUAGUCAGUUGGUCAGUCAGUCAGUCAAUCCGUCAGUCAGCUAUUCAGCCAGUCAUUCAGUCAGUCAGUCAGUCAUUCAGUCAGUCAGUCAGUCAGUCAGUCAGUCAGUCAGUCACUUGGCCAUUCAGUCAGUUCAGUCAGACAGUCUGUCAGGCAGUCAGCAGUCUUCAGUCAGUCAAUCAGGAUGUCAGUCAGUCAAUCAGUCUGCCCCGGUUUUUUCGGCGAGUUGAUUGCCCAAGUGUGUGCCGCCGGGUGCACAGGUAUAGUUGAUGAAGGAGAAAUGAAAGUGUUUGUACCAACAAAUAUUGAUGUCUAUUAGAUACUCCGUUCCCUCUGUUCGUGGUCAGGCGGUGUUCCUCCAGAAAACUCCAUUCAUGAGGCAUACAUAAAGGCGAUUGAAGCAUCUCAACAUUUCAUUUACAUUGAGGUAAUAAAAAAAAAAAUCUGAGGUAAAUUUCAAGGUUUGUUCAGAGUCUAUAAUUCUGAAGGUAUAUACAUAAAAAUCUGAAAAGUCUAUUGGUUUUUUCCCACUAUCAAAAAGCAUUUAAUUACACAUUGAAUGUUUUCGGGUAAGUAGAAUUUUUGAUGAGUUUUCUACUGGUUUACUGGUCAAUUAGAAUAUGUUAUCUUAAUGUAACACCAAUUCCAUCGACUAAUUUACGUAGAAGUAGAUAACUGUUCUUUUUCCUUUUUUCUUGCAGAACCAAUUCUUUAUCACUUCUCUUUUCAUUGACAAUGUUAAGAAUGAGAUUGGACAGAACCUUUUGUGGAGAAUAGAGAGAGCACACAGGUGUGAUGUAUAUUUCCUUUUAUCACUUCCAAGUCUAUUUGAAUUUUAUAGGAUUAAUGAAAAGCAGUGUAACAUGCAGGUGGAUACCUCCAGGUGAUACCCAUAGUAAAUUUCAUACUUGCAGAAAAAAUACUGCAACAAUGAUAAAGUGGUUCUGCUCUAUUUUGCUUUUCUUCCCUUGUUGUAAUUUCUUUACUGUUGCCUAUGGUAUCUAUUUCCUGGAGAUAGCACAAGCGAAAUGCGUCUGUUGUUUUGUUGUACUGCUGUAGAUCAUGUGACACUAAUCGGUGGAAUAUUUUCUUUUAAAAUUGGUCAAAUUUCCAUUUCCAAUUGGUCAAGCUUCGUAUACGACCUCCAUCUUAUUAAGAGAGAAAUCCAAAUGCCUCUGAGGAUUUCACAUAAUCUGUGAUAGGCAACUGAUAACGGCAGAUUCAUUGAUCUGUUUUAAUAGUGUUUAUAUAAGCACAAAUGGGAUCAAAGUCCAUAAGUACAAAUGUAAGAAAAAACCACGACAACGAACAGAAGCAGCAUACGGAGGUCACGUAAAUGGAAACGGAAAUGUCGUAUGAGUAAUGCAAAGAAAAAAAAAAUUCAGUGGCAAGUGAGUCAUUGACGCCCUAAAAGAAGCUGGGAUGUUUCCCUCAUUAUUGGCUAUCAUUCUCAAAGAGAAGGAUUGAAUUAACAUGAUUGAGAAUAUCUCUUGACAGUUAGUAUCACUGAUAACAUUUUUCCCGUUUUCGACAGAGAGGGUGAAAAUUUCAAAGUUAUAGUCGUCAUGCCACUCCUACCAGCCUUUGAAGGUAAGAGUGUAUGAGAACAUAGUUAGCCAGUAAGUUGCCGGUUUUUGUUGGAAGUUUUAACCCCCAGCUGUAAAUUUUACGGCAUUUUUUUUCUCUCAAAAGAACGUUUUUCAUUUUAUCCAGAUCCAGCCAACUGCGAAACUGAAAGGAAAACAUGUUUUCUUAUUUCUCUGCUAUAUCAAAGACAUGUUUUAUAUGUGGAGUAAUGGGGAAGUAAGAUUCUGGUGGCAGUCUUCCUCAUUGUUACCUUUGAUAUUUUUCUCUUUGUCAGGGGAGAUUGGUACAGCCACUGGUCGAUCGAUUGGCGCCAUUACUCACUGGAACUACAGGUCAAUUUGUCGAGGAUCGCAUUCUCUCUUGCAGAGAUUAACAGAACUUGGUAUAAACUUCUUGUUGCUUGCUUAUACUCUCAAGAAUCUGUAUUGUUUGUGCGUGUAUAUUUUGCUUUUGGUAUUCAUGGUUUUCAUCUUUCCUUCACUUUAGUUGGUGAUCCUUCCAAGUUCAUAACAUUUUAUGGUCUGAGAACUCACUCAGAAAUUCGUGGAAAACCCGUGAGUGAAUUCAGUGUUGAUUCAGUUGAGCACAAUCCCAUUUUACUUUCGAGUUUCUUGUUAACUGGUCAGCCAUUUUUUUGUUUGCAGGUCACAGAGCUUGUAUAUGUUCAUAGCAAGAUGAUGAUUGUCGAUGACAAUACAGUAAUCAUUGGCUCAGGUAUGAAAACGCAGUUGUGAUAUGUGGUUGUAACCUUACGACUGCAAAGAAAAGCUGAAGUUGACUAUCUGAGUAUUAGUCCUUUUUUUCUAUGUUAAAUAUCGCGAGUACUUGAAUCACGUUCUGUUCUCGUCCUAACUUUGUGAAAUCCCAAGUGUUUCGUGUUUGACAAUUUCUUCCUUGUUUGUGUCUAAGUCGUGCUCCAGCCAUAGAAAAAGCCUUUGGAAUAACUGGAUCUUUACAGGAAAGAAAACAACCCUGUCAAAGACGUCUUUUUUUUUAUUGUCAUUUUUUUUCAGCUUCACUGUUAGUUUUUUUCGAGAACAGACUUAAAGGUUACCUUUAACAUAACUCGGUUCGUCUCAUAUUCAGAGGCUUUUUGCCCUCUCGUACCUUAUGCAUCUGUAUUUAUCUUUGACAGUACUGCGCUCUUUUCUAUUUUUAGCAAACAUCAAUGACCGCAGCAUGCUGGGAAAGAGAGAUUCAGAAAUAGCCUCUAUCAUGAAGGACAAGGAAUUUGUAAGUCUUAUUUCCACUUCGCAAAUAUGGUUCGGUAAAUCGAACAUUUGCUGACAAGGAAAUCGUUCAGCCAAGAACUACAGGAUGUUCUAACUGAAAGUUGGCUUUAGGGGGUCCUAAGGAUUUCACCCACAUCACCUCAAAAAUGAUCGUAAGAAACGAAAAAAAAAGUUAUUGUUUCUGAAUAUGCAAGACUGACAAACAUCCGAAUUGAAUAAAAAAAAAUUGUCCCAAUGCGAACCCUCUCCCUUAAUAUCAAGUCUCCUCGUUGUUCCCCAGAUAUUGCUUAUGAGUUUAGUGCUGAGACUUUGUUGUUUGACAAAACAAUAUCCUUUGGGACCAAUAUUCUUCUUUCUUCACGUCACCUUUGUGGUUGUAAGUGUAUUGAUAUUAGAAGGAGAUGAAGUGUGAAGGGUGAAGUGUGAAGGGUGAAGUGUGAAGGGUGAAGUGUGAAGUGUGAAGUGUGAAGGGUGAAGUGUGAAGGGUGAACAAGUUGUAGGCCAAUGUAGUUUUUCAAUGACUACACGCUAUAUACAAGGAAAAAACAAAUCAUAUCCCCUGAUAAAUUAUCAUUUAACAGCAGUGAGAACACUUCUUCUUACUUUUAUGGGAGUAAGUAUGAUGGAGGAAGUUUGAAAUAUCGAUGGUCAUUCCUUUUUAUGCUUUGCUCAUCAGGUUCCGUCCGUUAUGGAUGGCAAGGAAUAUCAAGCUGGCAAGUUUGCGUUCAACUUAAGAUCAAGACUCUUCAGGUAGGAGAGUGAUCCUGAUAAAUAUCUAUAUCCUGGAAGAGAGCAGAGAAUCUGAACAACUUUAAGUAACUGGUUGAAGUUUGAUCUAUUUUGUAUUUUUCACUCUCAUGAUGAAUUCCUCUUAUUUUUUCGAGGCGUCAGUCGUCGUUAUUGACAACGGUCCAUUUCAUGACUCCUAUUACGUGGACGGUCAAAAUACACAUCGCUAUUAUUAAACUAAAAUGAUUACUUACUGCUUGACUUAUUGCUAUUGUGAACGGAACUUCGAAAAAUACCUUUUACUAUCACAGCCUAGUAUGCACUUCCUAUGAACAGUAAAACCGCACUCAAAGACUUAGUACCUUCCUAGAGACUCGUGAUGUGCUAUAGUCUACACGAGGAAAGGUGCAAUGAGUGUUUUUCUUUAUUUUCUUUUUUCGUUUCUUUUCGUGAGAUGAGUUAGUUACAGUUACGAAGAUUUUUUAGUCAUUCGUUUUACAAUUUUUUAGGGAACAUCUGGGUUUAUUAGAUUCUCCUUCAGACGUAGACAUCAGAGAUGUUGUCUCAAAAAGUUUCUAUGAGGUGAGCCUUGGUUGAUAUGGAUACUGAAAAUCCAGUUUCUAUGCAGUGAAAUUAUAUAAUCAAUAACUGGUAAUGUUAAUCAGGCUAUUCAUGAUGUUUUUGUGUCUGUCUUUGUUUUUGAUUGUAAAAAUGUUUCAAUUUUAGGAUGUGUGGAUGGCCACGGCGAAGAAAAACACUGAAAUUUACGAGGAGGUACGAUGGAAGCAGCAAAAUUUUUCGACGGUGCAUUUUCGCGAGAAGGCUGAAAAUUAUUUUAGUAAGGUUUCGUCGGAGCUCCCUUGCGGUUGAACGUGUUGUGCGUAAACAACAAUAUCGUUCUUAAAAUUGUCAGCUUUGCUCUAGACUCGCUCACAUGUGAGUAAUAAUUCAAGGAGGAUUGGUGUUUCCUGGUACUUAGCUGGAUCUCCUCCCAUCAAAAAUCCAGAACACGGGACACCAUACCACACGAGAACUGAAAUUAACUUCGACAGGCAACUCACUGUAUGGAACCUGAGAUCAAUGUAGAAAGACGAAACCAUCCCAUAAUAGCUAGUUUGUUGUUUUCAAUACAUGAACCAUUUCAUCAACUGUACAUCUCAAAAGUUUUCCUUUUUUCUAGGUACGGUGACCUUGUUAACAGCCAUACGCUGUGAUAAUAAACAUUACUACCCUUUUUCUUCAAGGUGUUUCACUGCAUGCCAACAGACCAAGUUCGUUCACUAAGCGACAUGGCUGCUUAUAAGGUGAGAAACUGUUAUGAGACCGAGUCGUUUGACUGUUAAAGCAUGUUGAAAUGAUGAAGUCCGUUAGUGUUCAAGCCCGCGCAAAGGAGCUAACCUCAGAUGCUUAAAAUAGGAUUUCCGCUUUCGCAAAGCCUCGUGCACAGUCUAAUGUUAUCGCGUCAAAUUAAACGAAGGACGAUACCUGUUAGGUCUGAUCCACUCUCGUUUAAAGUCACUGAGAACCCUCGAUGAGUGGUUUACAGUUACAUUUUUCGUUUUUCUUUGGUACAGAAAUUUUAUGAGUGCUAAUGAAUGUGGUGAAACCGCAGUAUGACACACAGGAUGAAGAAGCGAAUUUACAGUUUUUACUAGUUCUUGUCCUUUCUUCAGAUUUUGACAUAUGUUUAUCAUAAUUCUUUUGUUUGCAUCAAUAUUCUUUCUAGAGUCUUAAAAACCUCGACAAAGAGGACCCUGGACAGGCACGUGCUCGUCUGCGAGGCGUCAGAGGGUAUCUCGUUAAAUUGCCCCUCCACUUUUUAGAAAAAGAAGACCUUAGACCGCCCGUUGGUAGUUCAGAGUUCUUUGUGUCAGAAGGAGUUUUUACGUGAUUAGAUGCAUUGUAGGAUAGCCUGUUUAAUCAGUUCCUUUGCGAUAAAAAAUUGAAUUGAAAUGAUAAGUUGCUUUACGAUGAUUAUUACGAUUACAAUGAGGGGAGGUCGGUGAUUACCCACUUCAAGUUACUAAGUCGGAUAAUUUAAUUAUUUUAUUAAAAAUAUAUCGAAUUUAAAUUAUAUGAUUGGUUAAAUUGACUUUCAUUUGAGGGAGAUCCUACUCUAUUGUAUUUUACAGAAUUUACUCUAGUUUGACAUGUCAUAAUAUUUUGGAUUGAAACAAGGUACUAGAUUGUUUAGAGGUCAUUUAUUAAGAAAAACGCUUAGUUUACCUUAUUAUUUAUAAAUUGCAAAUGGCGCAAUAACGGCUUUGAGAGAGGAAAUAUAUUUUGGAAAGCUUAUUAAAUCACCGUUUGAAAUAAAUAUGAGAUUUUGCUGGAUUAGUGUAACGCCAUGUUAGCCGCC